CUUUCUUUUCCUUUCCUCUCUCCAUUAAUUUCCUCUUCCUUCCAUAUCCUUUGUUUCUUUUCAUUUUCCAAUUCCUUUUCCUUUCCUUCCCAUUCCUCUUUCCUAUUGCUAUUUCCUUUGCCCUUUUAUAUCCUCUUCCUUUCUUUCCCCCCUCUUUUCCUCUUCCUUUUCCCAAUUCAUUCCUCUUUCUUUCUUGUGGUUUUGCCGCUGGUUAUGUUCUGCUGAUAUGAAUAUCUACAAAGGCUCAGGUGUCUGAGGUACUGCCCUGUUACUCAGACUGCAGUCAGUAUGUGUGGGAAGUGAAGUCCCGCUCCAUGUGCAUCAUAAAACCAUCAAACAAUCUCACGAACACUUGGCCGACCCAACCAACAUGCGGAGAGGGUUUCCGGACCUGCAAAAUCCACUGCUUGAAAAAGGGAGGAGAAAACCAGGAAGAGGUUGUGGAUGACUCACUGUGUGCCCAGGAGGAACAGCCAAUCACAGCUGAGACCUGCCUACUGCCGUGCCCCGCCCACUGUGUGACAUCAGAGUGGAGCCAGUGGACCAAAUGUACCGUGGAUUGUAAUGAUGGUGAUUUGAGAUGGAGGAGUAGAACUGUUUUGAGGUGGCCAGAAGGAGACCAUACCUGCCCUGAUCUAAACCAGACUCAACCCUGUGUCAAUAUGACCUGUCUCAAAUACUCCUACGUUUACUCAGACUGGAGUAGCUGUCAACUCAGUGAAAACGCAGUAUGCGGCCGGGGGAUUAAGACUCGACUCCUGAACUGUGUCCGCAGCGAUGGAAAGCUUGUGGAACUGAGCAUGUGCAAAGAGUUGGGUCCUUCACGUGGAAAGCUCUCUGCCCCCUGUGAGGUGGGCUGCCCUGUUAAUUGCCUGAUUACAGAGUGGUCCACCUGGUCAGAAUGUUCACACACCUGUGGAAGCAAAAGUCAAAUGACACGGACCAGGGUCGUUCUGCAGCCUGCCAAUGAGGGAGGUCGUCCCUGUCCAUCUCAACUCUCCCAGACUCGCCCCUGUCCCAUUAGGCCUUGCUACAGCUGGAGACUGGGGGACUGGAGACCAUGCAGGGUUGAGGGGGCCGACUGUGGCGAGGGAGUAAGUCGGAGGGAAAUAUCCUGUGUGGUGCACUGGGGUUCUCUCUCAGGUCCUCCUCAGCCCGUUCUGGUGGAUGAUAAGAUGUGUGUAGGAAAUUCACAGAGCAAAGUCAGUGAGAUUGAGUUAUUGCAGCCCUGCACAAUCCCUUGUCCAGGAGAAUGUCACCUAACCAAGUGGUCCCCAUGGAGUUCAUGUCAGCUGCUGUGUUUGGAUGGGCGGAGUUUUGAGACAUGGGGACGACAGGCUCGUUCUAGAGCCGUUGUCGCGCAAGUCCCGGAGAACCAGGACUCCUGUCCCAGCCAGAUGUAUGAGACACGGCCAUGCCAAGGAGGAACGUGUCUUAGCUAUGAAUGGAUGACCGGUGAGUGGAGGCAUAACCGUAGGCUGGUGUGGUGUCAGCGCUCUGAUGGAGUCAACGUCACAGGAGGCUGCGUCGCUCAGAUUCAGCCAUCUGCGGUACGACAGUGCCACCCUCCCUGCACCAAACCCUUCUCCUUCUGCACACAGAAUGGAGUCUGUGGUUGUGAGAAGGGCUUCACAGAGGUCAUGACCUCUCAUGGGUUCCUUGACUACUGUACUAGAACCCCAGGGCUGGACCAUAAGAAGGCAGAUGUGAAAACCACUGCAGGCCGUCUUAGACCAGAGCACACUCGAAAUAAGAACCACGUCAAGGACUGGGCGCUGCAGCCUCUUGGACCAGAUGGCCGUGUCAAGUUGUGGGUAUAUGGGCUGAUGGCGGCUGGGUUUGUUGUGAUCCUUCUCCUAAUCAUGAUGUCCUUCCUACUGUGUAAGAACCCAGAGGACAGUCCCAGCAGCAGUCCGCAGAAAGCACUGGCUCUGGCAUAUGAUGGGGACAUGGAUAUGUGAGUCCACCAUGUGUAUGCAAUGCUAAAACAUGCUCAAAACAGACAUCUGGCAUCCUUCAGGCCACAUCAUGAACUUUUACAGCAGCACACAAGCUGAGUAUGACAAAGAGCCAGACCAGAGAUGGUGUUGACUGGAGAACUGAUCUUUAAACAGCACAAAAACUAAACAGGAGGCUAUUGGGAGAACAUGGAACUGCACUGAGGAAAAUGUCAUACAGCCGAAACAGGAUGUGACAUCAUGUCUACAGUACCAUAGCGUGAUUGUCUGUUAGUUCAUGAGGGUGCGAGGAUCUGUGCGUGCAGGUGUGUAUCUGUUAAUCAUAGAGUUUGUUUAAUGCCCAUUAUGAGGAAAUUGUUCUGUACAUGUUAAAGGAAUCGUUCACUCAUAAAGGAUUUUUUUUUUCACUCGCUCUCAUGUCGUCCCAAACCCGUAUUAAUGUCUAUCUUUUGUGAAACACAAAAAGAGGAUUUCUAAAGAAUAUCUUGGUCACUCUUUAACAUUAUCAGUCGUUUGAAAUUCUUUUAUGAUGCUUUUGCGUCUACUUUUUUCGAUGCUUGGAGGUUUGUUCCCAUUCAGUGCAUGAAAAAGAGCUACCAGAACAUUCUUAAAAACAUUUAAUUAAAAUUCCUUUACGUUCCGCAGAAGAAAGUCAGUCAAGUGAGUUUGAAACUACAUGAGACUGAGAAAAUGAUGACAGAAAUUUCAUUUUUGGGUGAACUAUCCCAUUAAUGAUCCCUAAAAAGGGAUGUUUUCUGAUGCACUACAUUAGUGCCAUCUUAAGUGCCAUAUUUAUUCAUUUAUUUAUGUUUUAAAACCUAUAUAGCCUUUAAAAAUUGCCUCCCUAUUUGAAUCCUUUAGGUGUUAAACAACAGUCUUUUGAUUUCACCCUGAUCAGCUUUGAAGCAUUUAAAAUUCUUUGUUACCCCUGAAAAGGUUGUGACAUGGUCUUUUGUAAUGUGUUUACUGUGAAUAUUUUCUAUCUGUGUCUUCUAGUGGUUUAUAAAUAAAUCUGAAUCUCAGAGAGGAGUCUUAUA